AACUACAAAAGGAGAAGAAAGAAUUAUUAAAAUGUAAAGCAUGAAUUUUAGCUUAAUUGUUUUCAUAAAUAUUUAAACAAUUUUUACUUUCUGAAGCAAAAGAAAAAUAAAUUAACAAAAAAGGAAAAAAAAUUCUCGAUGGCGAUCCUUUACGCGGUGGUGGCUCGAGGCACGGUGGUUCUAGCGGAGUUUAGCGCCGUGACGGGGAACGCUGGGGCGGUGGCACGGAGGGUGCUGGAGAAACUUCCGGAGGAGGCUGAUUCGAGAUUAUGCUUCUCGCAAGAUCGUUAUAUCUUUCAUAUCCUUAGAUCCGAUGGCCUUUGUUUCCUCUGUAUGGCUAACGAUAACUUCGGAAGGAGAAUUCCAUUUUCGUACUUGGAGGAUAUUCACAUGAGGUUCAUGAAAAACUAUGGCAAAGUGGCUCAUUAUGCACCUGCAUAUGCAAUGAAUGAUGAAUUCUCGCGGGUGCUACAUCAACAAAUGGAGUUUUUCUCUAAUAAUCCUGGUGCAGAUACUCUCAAUCGUGUUAGAGGUGAAGUGGGUGAGAUUCGUACAAUUAUGGUGGAGAACAUUGAGAAAAUACUUGAAAGAGGCGACAGGAUUGAACUUCUUGUUGACAAAACUGCAACGAUGAAAGAUGGUGCAUUCCAUUUCAAGAAACAAUCUAAACGUCUUCGUCAAGCUCUUUGGAUGAAAAAUGCCAAACUCUUGGCACUGUUGACAUGCUUGAUUGUUCUGUUAUUGUACAUAAUAAUAGCUGCUUGCUGCGGAGGCAUCACUCUACCUUCUUGCAGAUCUUGAGUGGCAGUCUUACUGGUCUAAAUUUCUGCUGAGGUACGCAUUUAUCUUCAACAUUUUUGUGCAAGUUUGUACCUUUGGAGGCUCCUUGGUUUCCCAAUGGAGGUUUCUAGGUAUUUUUGGCAACAUAGUCUCUAUACCCGCUCAAUUGUGUCCACUAUUUUUUUUUGGGGUUCGAUGAAAACUGCCUGUUGUAACAAUCAUAAUAUUCACACAAUCAUCUGUUCAAUGAUUUUAGUUCUGGUGUCUUUAUAUUUUC